AUGGAGACCAGACACUUGCUCUUGGUGUGCUCGGCUUUGCUGAGCGUGGUGCUGGCGGGGAAGCAUGACAUCUACUCCGGGCAUUCAGUCUACGGUGUACAGGUCCGCAAUAGAGACCAUCAGAUUCUUCUACAUGACCUAGAGCUGACACUGGACCUGGACGUCUGGCAGCACGGCAUUAUCUCGGAGAGAGAAUCUCUCAUCAGAGUGGCUCCUGAGAACAAGGCAUAUUUCCUGCAAGCAUUGGAUGACGAGGGAAUAGAAUAUUACGUGCACCUACAAGAUGUUGCUCAGACCUUGGAAGAAGCAGAUAUUGAAAGAAACUCGUGGAAGGUUUCAAGACAGAAUAGGGAGUUGUUUAAUGACUACCCCCGAUAUGACGAAAUUAAUGAGUAUAUGGAUAUGAUUGCUAGCAGGUACCCUGACCUGGUCAAUGUUGUCACAGCCGGUAAAAGUUUUGAUCAACGAGACAUCAAGUACUUUAAGAUUUCAACAACCAAUUUCGAAGACAGCAGUAAACCUAUCUACGUGUUGACUGCAAUGAUCCACGCGCGCGAGUGGGUCACCACCCCAACCCUCCUGUACUCCGUGUUCCGGCUGGUGGAGAACUUGAGGAGUCAGGACCGAGACUUGCGGGAUGACAUCGACUGGAUCAUCAUGCCACUCCUCAACCCUGACGGUUACGAGUACUCACAUGAAACCGAUCGUCUCUGGCGAAAGACAAGAUCGUACAGACCUCACAUCAAUGACACAUGCUGGGGUGUGGACGGCAACAGAAAUUACGAUUCCGUAAAUUUCGCUGAAAUUGGGGCUAGCCCGGACCCCUGUUCGGACAUCUACCCUGGACUUGAACCCUUCUCUGAAGUGGAGACUGCUUACGUCCGAGACGUCUUGCUGGAACAUGUGGAUAGGAUCCAGAUAUUCAUGGACGUUCAUAGUUUUGGCAAUUAUAUAACGUAUGGUUAUGGUGACGGAACGCUGCCACCGAAUUCUGUUCAGUUGCACCUGGUAUCUGCUGUGAUGGGGGCAGCUAUGGACGUGAAUAAACUGCCCGAGGCUAAUUUCUACCGGGUGGGCAACAGUGGCCUCUUGAUGUACUUCACCGCUGGGUGUGCCCAAGAUUAUGCUCAGUCUAUUGGCGUUCCAUUUUCAUUAACACUCGAGCUGCCAAGCUACGGACACCGAUUCGAGGUUCCGCCCCAGUACAUCAGCCACAUCAACGAGGAGACGUGGCAAGGCAUCGCGGCCAGCGCCAGGGUCGCUCGUACUUUCUACAGGGCGAAAGCGAUCGUGCCACCUACAGUCCCACCAACAAUCUCUCCUACGGUCCCACCUACUGCUCCACCAACCGUCCCACCUACAGUACCUCCAACUGUCCCACCUACAGUUCCUCCAACUGUCCCACCAACCGUUCCACCUACAGUUCCACCAACCGUCCCACCUACAGUUCCUCCAACCGUCCCACCUACAGUUCCUCCAACCGUCCCACCUACUGUUCCUCCAACCGUCCCACCCACAGUUCCACCAACCGUCCCACCUACAGUUCCACCAACCGUCCCACCUACAGUUCCUCCAACCGUCCCACCUACAGUUCCUCCAACCGUCCCACCUACAGUUCCUCCAACCGUCCCACCUACAGUUCCUCCAACCGUCCCACCUACAGUUCCUCCAACCGUCCCACCUACUGUUCCUCCAACCGUCCCACCCACAGUUCCACCAACCGUCCCACCUACAGUUCCACCAACCGUCCCACCUACAGUUCCUCCAACCGUCCCACCUACAGUUCCUCCAACCGUCCCACCUACAGUACCUCCAACUGUCCCACCAACCGUCCCACCUACAGUUCCUCCAACCGUCCCACCUACAGUUCCUCCAACCGUCCCACCUACAGUACCUCCAACUGUCCCACCAACCGUCCCACCUACAGUACCUCCAACUGUCCCACCAACCGUCCCACCUACAGUUCCUCCAACCGUCCCACCUACAGUUCCUCCAACCGUCCCACCAACAGUCCCACCGACCGUCCCACCUACAGUACCUCCAACUGUCCCACCAACCGUCCCACCUACAGUUCCACCAACCGUCCCACCAACAGUCCCACCGACCGUCCCACCAACCGUUCCACCUACAGUUCCACCAACCGUCCCACCUACAGUUCCUCCAACCGUCCCACCUACAGUUCCACCAACCGUCCCACCUACAGUUCCUCCAACCGUCCCACCUACAGUUCCUCCAACCGUCCCACCAACAGUCCCACCGACCGUCCCACCUACAGUUCCUCCAACUGUCCCACUAACCGUUCCACCUACAGUUCCACCAACCGUCCCACCUACAGUUCCUCCAACCGUCCUACCUACAGUUCCACCAACCGUCCCACCUACAGUUCCUCCAACCGUCCCACCUACAGUUCCUCCAACCGUCCCACCUACAGUUCCUCCAACCGUCCCACCUACAGUUCCUCCAACCGUCCCACCUACUGUUCCUCCAACCGUCCCACCUACAGUUCCACCAACCGUCCCACCUACAGUUCCUCCAACCGUCCCACCUACAGUUCCUCCAACCGUCCCACCUACAGUUCCUCCAACCGUCCCGCCUACAGUUCCUCCAACCGUCCCACCUACAGUUCCUCCAACCGUCCCACCUACAGUUCCACCAACCGUCCCACCUACAGUUCCUCCAACCGUCCCACCCACAGUUCCACCAACCGUCCCACCUAUAGUCCCACCAACCGUCCCACCUACAGUUCCACCAACCGUCCCACCUACAGUUCCUCCAACCGUCCCACCUACAGUUCCUCCAACCUUCCCACCUACAGUGCCUCCAACCGGCCCACCAACGGUCCCACCUACAGUCCCAUCUACCCAUUAACCACUCAUCAUCCUACAGUCUUAAAACCUUUACUUCAUACUAUCGAUAAACUUAAUCACAAUAUUUUUAUUCUUACUUAGUGUUUAAUUAAAUUAUAAAUAAUGAAUGCGUAAGCUAACACACUUUUUGGCGUGAUAAUAUGUGAGAUGUAUCAAUAAAGAUAAAAUUUCCUGAUACGGGUGUCAUUGAACAUCAAUGCCAUACCAAACUCGAAUCUCAAACCGACAUAAUGAAUUAGGUGAUCUUUUAGUAUCUAGAAAUACCUUGUGUGAGAUUUUGGUUAUAAACCUAUUUAUAUAUAUAUUAUGAAAAAUUUUCUGGUACAAAUUUAAUUGAUUUUGAUUGCAAACUAGCUAAAAUAUUUGAAACAUAUUUAAAAGUAAUGCAAUGUUUAUUUACUCAUAUGCAUAUUAUAAUAAUUUGUGAUACAUUUGUUGUUACGCCUUGCACCAAGCAUGGUUUUGUAACCAAUAUACGCGCUGUCCGAAAGCAUGUUUUUUUCUCUAGUUUUGGUUAAUGUUAGGAUGAUUAUUGAGGAUACACCUGUAGAUUUAUCGUGAUUUUUAUCAAAACAAGUAGAAACGGAUUCUCGAUUUUUCUAUCUUACUAAUAAACCAGUUUAUUAUAGUCUCACAUUCUAAGAUAUUUCCCCACUCUUAACGAUCACUUUAUACUGGUUAUUUAGGUUGAUGUGCAGCUACAUGCAGUCUAGAAGAUAGCGAAGAAAUGUGUCAAAUACGUUACGAAUAAACAUAUCGAUGUCUUUAUUCUUUAUGUUUUUAACCUAUAACUCCUUUUUCACCAAAAUUUUUUUUCCUGUUCCAUUUUCUAUCAUUACGUUAUUUAUAUAUUUAUAUUUAUAUAUAAUGUAUGAAGACUUA